AUCCACCGCACCACCAUGUCUGACCCAUCCCUGAUCUUUACAGCUUCUCAGACUGUGUUCAUUCACCCCCAUUCCUACCCUUCUUCCUCUCCCCCUCCUCCCCCCAUCGCACCCCAACCCCCUUCUCCAUCCCACAUCCACCUACCUGUCCCCACAUGCCAAAAACGAUGGAGGGAAUGGAACCCAAUUGUUAGAAGAAGACCUGAGGGUAAGUGGUCUCCAGAAGAUAUAUUGGAGUUAUUGCAGAGCCCACCUUUCCGUCAGCAAGUAGAUUCAUUUACUUAUGUACUUAAAACAGGACAGAUAGAUUUGUCUCAGUUUGGGAUUGAUCCAAGUAAAUACAAGUUCACAGUUUUGUCUUUUCUCGAGGCUCUUGAGGACUCUGUGUUGAAGUCGGUGGAGCCUGAGGAAUCCAGGCAAGAUGAUUUGAGAUCUCAAUCUUGUAAUCGCCAUGACCCAAUGGAUGAAUCUAAGUAGCGUGGCCUUCCAGCAUCUUUCUUUUUUGUACAAGAUACAUGAAACCUGUUUUUUCUAAACAUUUCUGCUUGAAAAAUUAAAGUUAAAGAGGAAGAAAAAGUUAUUGAUUUUC